GUCACUGCGUGUAGGUGAGGAUUCAGAAUGGGAGACAAGCCUAUUUGGGAGCAGAUUGGAUCCAGCUUCGUACAACAUUACUACCAGCUUUUUGAUGCAGACAGGACUCAAUUAGGAGCAAUAUAUAUUGAUGCAUCAUGCCUUACGUGGGAAGGACAGCAGUUCCAGGGCAAAGCAGCAAUUGUUGAAAAACUCUCUAGCCUCCCUUUCCAAAAAAUACAACACAGCAUCACAGCACAAGACCACCAACCUACACCUGACAGCUGUAUACUCAGUAUGGUAGUGGGACAGCUUAAGGCUGAUGAAGACCCAAUCAUGGGAUUCCACCAGAUAUUUCUAUUAAAGAACAUCAACGACGCCUGGGUGUGCACCAACGACAUGUUCAGGCUAGCACUGCACAACUUUGGCUGAGCUGGUGACCCUGAGGCACCCAGGCUUUUUUUUUUCUUUCUUUUGUUGUUGUUUUGGGUUAUUUUUUUUUUCCUCCUCUCUUACUGGUAUUAUUCACACUCACAGAACAUUCCAAAUAUCAUACACAAACCUGCAGAGCGUGGGCGAGGCCUGUGACCUGCCCUUCUGCUGAGUUUACAUUGUCACUAGAUGAGUUUCUUGUGCAUGAUGUUUGGAAGUUAGACUUAGCUGCAUUUGACAAGAGAAAUUUGUGUUGUACCAGCAUGCCUCGGGAAGAGUCCCUCAUGCAACAGGUUGCUGUUUCUGUACUGACAAGAUGCUCUGUAACCCAAAGAAACAAGCGAACAGCAGCCUGUCCAGCCCAGAGAUGGAUUUGUUCAGAUGUUUCAAUGCUCCAUUACACAAUAAAACCAUGAGAUUUUCUUAACAGUU